AUGGUCAUUGUGCUGUGUUCGUGUAAAGAGUACAAUCGCUACAGUAGCUACAUCAAGUCAGUUCAGUUGCUGUGGGAGAAGCAGUGCUGUGCCCAGCAGAAAAUGCUUUUGAAGCAGUUCCUAGUCUUGCAGCAGCAAGGGGAGGUUCCGUCCCACAUCUCACUGACGGAUAUUAGAGAAUGGCUCAUUGCCAAGGGUAGAAACUACUUCAAGAACACGUUUCAGAGUGAAAUGGAAGAGGGGAAGAACCUUUACUUGGCCCAACUGGCUUGGGAUGUGAAACGACGCCUCAGGCUUGAGGAGCUGGAAAGAGAAGUGUGCAGGGAGCUACGCCUGGAGCGCCGAACCCGCUGGUCGGUGAUUGGACAGCCUGGUAGCCAGAUGGGAGAUUGGAGACCCCUGGGCAUGGAGACAUACACACCUCUGGGAAUGGACUCUCCCUUCAGACACUCCACCUCCUCGAUGGACACUCUUUCCAGUCAGAUCUCGACUGAGAACCUCGAGGUUGCUACGCUACAUACUGCCAGACCACAUAUUGCCAGACCCCAAACUCCCAGACCACGUUCUGCCAGACCACCAACUGAAAGACCUAGCAGUGACUCUGAUCACUCUGGAACCUUGUCUACUGUGAUGACCUGCUCACCACAUUCAGCUAGCCCGUCAGUGAUUACUGUUGGGGACUUGCUGCUCAUGAUUGGGCACAUAACGAGCUCAGUAUUGGAGGAGGUAAAUAGUAUCCUGAUCCCUGCCUUGGUUGACCUUAUAAGGCUGAGAGCUUCAGAAAGUGCUGCAGAGAGUAUACUCCCCAUCAGCAAAGACACCAACGAAGAUUCAACCCAGGGCUCUGUCAGCUGUACCUCCCUACUCUCCAAAGUCAAUGUUAUCUGUCUCACUCAGAGUCCUGACAGUAGGUCUUCCCCAAUCUCCAUCGAUGAACCAGUCACUGCUGUCCAGACUUAUUGUAGCAGCAGUUCUCUGCCCAGUGAGGAACGAGCACACUCUUCCUCUAGUCAGAUCUCUACUAAGAACCUCCUGGCUGCUAGGCCAUGUUCUACCAGGCCCCAAUCUGCCAGGCCCCAAUCUACCAGGCCACAAUCUACCAAACCACCACCUACUAAACCACAAUCUGCUAAACCACAAUCUGCUAAACCACAAUCUGCUAAAUCACAAUCUGCUAAACCACCACCUGCUAAACCACCACCUGCUAAACCACAAUUUGCUAAACCACAAUUUGCUAAACCAUCACCUGCUAAACCACAAUCUGAUAAACCACCACCUGCUAAACCACAAUCUGCUAAACCACAAUCUGCUAAACUACAAUCUGAUAAACCACAAUCUGCUAAAUCACAAUCUGCUAAACCACCACCUGCUAAACCACAAUUUGCUAAACCAUCACCUGCUAAACCACAAUCUGAUAAACCACCACCUGCUAAACCACAAUCUGCUAAACCACAAUCUGCUAAACUACAAUCUGAUAAACCACCACCUGCUAAACUACAAUCUGCUACGUCACAGUCUGCCAGGCCACAAUCUGACAUACAAUGUACUACCACUGAUGUCUAUGAACCCUCAUCUGCUGUAGUGGGCUGCACACCACAUUCGGCUAGCCCAGAUUUGAUAUGUCAUUUUAGUCAUGGACAUGUCAUCCCCUUCAAACAGACCUUGGCCAGUUUCUCCUCCUCCUCCAACACCAGCUUCCCCUCCAGCCAGGGCUCAUCUAGCAGAAGCUCCCUGGUGUCUACCACUUUGAAACUCUCAGCCACUGACAUGCCUCCCAAGCAGGGGUCAGCCAGGAGCACCUCCUCCUCCUCCUCGGGCUCCAUCAAGCAUUUUGACAGAAUGAGUGACAUUCCUUGCUCCCUGGCUGUGAGCUCUAUUUCAACUGUUCCUGGACCUGACUCUUGCAGCAGCCUUGUGCGGGAGAAUCAGUUUGCUACUGAGGUCUCGUCGAUUUGCCUCAGCCAAGAUAGAAAUGGACAAGGAGGGAGUGUAACACCUCCAGCCCCUUUGGAUGUUUCCCUCCCCUCCAUUAUUGAGCGGGCUGGUGGACUUGUAUGUUCUGUCAUCUCCCAGUCUUUAGCAAUUGUGGAGGCGCGGUCAAGUGUGAAUGGUGAGGAGGGCUCUCCAUCUCCCACCACAGUCUCCCAUUCUCCUACAAGGGUGUUUGUCAGCCACUUAAGGAGUAGCCCACUAGGUGAGGACCUUGUAGAUUCAACACUUGCGGAUGUUAUCUCUGUCCUGAAAAUGGAGGGAAUUCUUUCCUCCUCUCCGACUUUGGAGGAGGAGCUGCUUGAUCUCUCCUCCAGUUGUUCUUCGUCAUCCAGCGAGACACUGCAAUGUGUGUCUGUUGGCCCUCUUGGCAGUGGGUCGGAGACAUCCUUCCAACUUCUUGGGGGUCGUAAUCUGAGUAUCGCCACCCCAACGGCCCAUGUUAUCACAGAGGACUUAGAAGUCUACAGUGAUGAGAUCAUUGAUGAAAUCCUUAUUAUAAUGAGGACCAAAAAAGAUGAUGACAGUGGAAGUGACGUCUCUGGUGCAUCAACACCAUGCAACACACCAGCACCACAGAGCCGGUCCUCUUCUGCACUGAGGGGCGUGCUUCCCCAUGACAGGAGGAUACUCAGCACAACACUGCUUGGAAUCCAGAACACACUAGACAGUGAGAACCUCUCAAGAGAGUGCUCCAUCUCACCACAGGACAAUGCCAGAGUCCUGGAGAUGAUAAAGUUGCUGCAGAGGCGCCUUGAGGGGACACCCUCAGAGUCCUCCAUCCAUAUCACAGAUGUGGCUUCACCCUUGGGCUUUCCUCUCCCUGUAUCUCUCCAUGCUGUUCAGUCGUGUGUAUUUGCCACUGACAAAGACCUGAAGGCAGAAAGAGUGAAGGGAGUCUUUGAAAGCCUGAGAUCCCAGUUUAUGAGCUACUCCAUCAAGCCUGUGAGUAACAUCAUUACCAGGGCAACAACAAAGACGGCUGCCUCCAAUCAGGUUAGUUUAGAGACACUCCAGGCAGCAUCAGCAAAAUCAUCUGCUGUGGCUCAGAACCUUAUUAGUUCGGUUUUAUUUAAAGUUGCCAAGGUGUCCUGCUCUGAUGACUUAGAGGGUCUGGGUGAUCAUCUCAGAUGCCCCUCAACUUUGACCAGAGUUCUGACACCUUUGACCACAGAGAAAGCUACAAUGACACCUGCUGUUCUGAAGAUCAGAAGGGAGAUGUCUAAGGAAGUGGCCACCGAACUCCAGAGUUUCUUGAUCAAGGAAUCCCUUACUGGCACCCAGACACCAUCCAAUGGACAUGUUUGCACUUCUGGUUCUGCCCCAAGGGAAGCUGUGCGGGACAUCCUGAGGAAAACCAAAGAGGAGGCUUCCAACAAAAGCUUGAAUAAUAUUUUCUCUGUUAAUUUGGAUGAGCGGCUCACAGACUCCAUUGCAGAUGCCUUAUAUCCAAAGCUGCAUGACAGAUUGGAGUCCAAGAGAGAGCUGCAGGCUUCUUAUGACAGCUCCCAGAUCAGCUGCAGCCUCAGCCCCUUCGAAGUUGAGAGCAGCCUAGAGCUCCAGGAGUUCACUGACCCACUAUCUGAGUCAGUAUUGUGUCUCCUGGAUAGGACAUUUGGAGAUAAAGCUCAGAACUUAAAGACAGGCGGGGGUGUUUUACAAUAUGUCACAGACCCAACCUAUAAGAAGCUUUUGAUUGGACCCCACACCAAUGACGUCAAUGUGGUUGUGCACACGAUUGCAGUGGAGGAGUUGCCUGUUGAGGGUUGUAUUGCGCAAAGUGAGGCCAUUCAUGGCCUUCACAAGAAGCAAGAGUUACCUUCCAGUGGCAGAGGGAAUGAGACCCCGAGCCCUACUAAUUGCCUACUGGAGGGUGUAGUGGGCAAACUGGUACGGAAGAUGCUAUUUCAGGGCCUUGACAUCCCUGAGGUACCCAUGAAUGACAGCCGCUCUGAGAACUUUAUGCUACAGAAUGAACUGGUUGCGAAGCUUUGUCCUCUGAUGGUAAGGACAAUCAUGGCUACAACCAUAGCCAAUCAACCACCUACUAUUCAAGAAGCAGUGAUGUCUUCUGAGAACAUCCGUGUGAAAGAGCUGUGUGAGGCAGGUAUCAAACCCCUCAAAGAGAACCAUGUACCCGAUGACUCUGAGACAAACAUCAUGGUCAGAGGGGCUUUGAAUGAAAUUGAAUCCUGUAUGGACAAGGACUCUCCCAGUCUACAUUCCACACCAGAGGUGGUUGUAGACCUGAUCACCAAGCUGCUUCAUGGGUAUGAGCUUGACUCCGAGGACUUUGCAUCACCUGUGUCAUCCCCAACCACCACUCUCUCUAAUGUGGCAAUGGACAUGGUGGUUUCUGUCCUUCGGGACAUGUCCGAUUCCUCAGACGUUACCUCAGCAUUGGAAAUGACCAAGGAUCUCAAGACGCCAUAUUCCCGCCCCUCAAGUGCAAGAAUUGUAAGUGCCCUCUGCAGAGAGUUGGAGGAGCACAUGGGCUCUCCUGAUGCUCUGAGGCGAGCUUUGAGCAACGGCAGCGGGGAGAUGACAACAGCCGUUGCGAGUGCAGUCACCAGGGAAGUCAACCGUCUGGGUUCAAUCGUACCCAAAGUCUCUGUCCGGCCGCUCUCCUCAGACAUCUGCCUAAGGACAGACCAGGACAAGGUCAUGGUUAAGAGCCGAUGUGGCUCGGCUGCGGUGAAGGCAUCCCAACCGGUGUAUAUUAUUGUUCAUGUAGAGGCAGUGAUGGAUAUCAUUGUCCGGCUGCUGUCUCUGAUUGUUCCUCGGACCCAGGAUAAACUGGCCAGCUGGACCCUAGUUGAGGAUGUGACCAACAAGCUGUCCAGUGCUCUGUGGGUGAGGGUGACUAACAGGUGGAGGGAAGCAAAUGUCUGCCUGAAGGCAACAGACAUCUUUCAGUUGGUGCUGUCUGUGCAUAGAAAGUUGAUGCAACGCUAUGGCACAGAGGAAGCCCUACAGAAGAUACUGUGCCACAAGGCACCCAAGCUGCACAAGGACAUUGUCUGUCUUGUCACGAACGGAAUUAUGGAUGCACAAUCCAAACUUCAAGGCACCAAAAAUCUGGAAUCUACACUCAACUUGAAAGAAUUGACAGCCUUGUUUAAUGAAAUGACAACCCGUCAAUCUUUGAAUAAGAAAACUGAGCACAGCAGCAUCAAGACUGAGAUUGAACAGCCGGAGUGGUCCACUGUGGAACAAGUGACAUCCGGUUCCACCAGCUUCAUUAGGGAGCUUAUAUUAGAAGAAGUCCUGAUGAAGCUUGUCAAGAAGAUAUGCCGUAUGCCAAAAAGGACCAACAAGCGUCAGCGCAUCCAGAUCAGUGAUCUGGUGACUGAGCUGAUCCGAUUGUUCGAUGAUGAGGUGGCCAAAUAUCUGAUUGAGGAAAUGGAAAGCCAGCAAAAAAGUUUCAAUUCUAAGAUGACAUCGAAGCUGGCAGAUGCCAUCUACACUGACCUUGGGAAGGUCAAGCGUUUGAAACGCUCCUUGAAAAUUGACGAUUUAUUUGAGGAUCAGGAGAUGCUUUCCAUUGUCUCUGUCAUUAUUUCCCACAAGCUACUGGCCAUCUUGAAACCCUCAGUGCCCAAUCCAUAUGACCGCGAGACCUCAGACCUUGAAGACUCAUGCAGUGAUGAUGUGGAGGAUGCGGAAUCUGAGGGGGUGCAUUAUGCCACCGGCAGAAAGUCCAACAUGAGCAUCGUCCUUACAGACACUACAUACCAGCCAGAGAUGUACAUUGCUGUGGAUUCUCCACUUAUGAUUAAAUUAUCCAAGAUGAGGAAAGGCAUCCGCGGCUUCUUCUGGAGAGUCCAGAAGGCCUGGAAACGCUUGGUCUCCUGCAAGUCCUCUGGGUCCUCUGAUGGAGAGGGGGAGAGUUACCAUGUCUUCAUCAGCUACAGCAGCACUGACUGGUGCUGGGCCCACUCCCCGGUCAGCAGUCUGGAGUCCUAUGGCCUUCAGGUCUGUUUCCAUCAGGGGGACUUUGUCCCCGGCCGCACCGUGCUGGAGAACGUGCAAGAGUUUUCAGACACGUCCCAGGAGCAGGCCUGUCUUGACGAGAUGUUCCAGCGAGCUGUGCACUUCUUCUCAUCAGGAUGCACCUGCUGUCUGGCCAAGAGAAAUGGCCCUUUUCCCCAACCCAUCUGCAAGGGCCACCUAGAGGGAGGCGUGUGCUUCUGCCAGUUUGUAUGUCUCCGAGCAGCUGAGCAGAGGGGAGUGGUCAUAGCAGGGGCAGAGUGGGAAGCCAUUUGA